UUUAAUUUGACUUGAGGAAGACUUCCGUAUUGAAUCGAGUGAGCGUGACCCAAAGUUCGAUUCGAUUUUUAGUUACAUUUAAUGCGUAUAAAUUUGAUCAACAUGAAGCUCUCGAACGACGGUUAACGGGGAGCGUUGUCUCGAGAGAAAGAACGCACGGUGUGACGACUGUGACUUGGGACGUUCUCGCACCGUGUCAGUCAACAGAAAAGGGGAACGGCAAUGUCUUUGCUUGAGGAUGCGCUGGACGUGCUGUACUUAGUGCUGGACUAUUUUGGAGUGCCUCCAGAAAUGCUGGUCCCAGUGUGGGACAGUCGGCUGUGUGGGCAGUAUCGCAGCGUAGUGAGAAUGAUCGGCUCCUACCUGCCUCUGCCCCCCACACCACGGGUCUACUUUCAGAUCCCGCUCCACACCUCUAGGCAGUGCGCAUACUCCACAGAAUAUCCCGCCAUCCCAUCGUUCGCUGAUGUCCUGCGGGUACUUGAGGAUGAAGGGGAUACUUUUGCCAAGACCAGGCACCACCUACCCGCGAAGACGCCCGUCCGACCCCCGGCGCCGCAGCCCGAAGCCCUGCAGAAGAUCUCGGCCCUGGAGAGAGAGCUGGUCAGGCUGCGGGCUCAGAUCGCCGCCAUCGUUACCGCCGCUGAUGUCCCUCGCAAUGCUGCCGGAACACCACUGGCGUCACCCAUGCCGGCGGCAGCGCUCACGUCCACACCUCGCUGUGCGUCGCCGCCACCACCUCUUCUUCCCCCGCCGCCUCCUCCUCCUCCGUCGUCCCAUUCCAGCCCGUCGUGCGGCACCGAACUGUUCCGACGGCGCAAGUGUCACAGGAAGGACGCGGACAAGAAACGGCUCCGAGAUGUUCAAAGUUUGCCGUCCAUGUUGGAUGUGCUGAAAGACUUGAAUCAAGUCAAGUUGCGUUCUGUUGAGAGAUCGCCGGGUGGCACGCCAGUCCAGAAGAGGCCUAGUAUAGGAGGCGGGGCAAUCGCAAAGGACCCGGCGGCUCUGAUCGCCGAGGCUCUCAAGAGGAAGUUCGCGCAGCAUCGCCACAACAAUUCCUCGGACAAAGAGAAUUCCCUGGAAAGCUCACCGUUCGGAAGUCCCGACGCACCCAAGAUGUUCCGCCACGCCGGACGCAGCCGGGCGCUUCUGCAUUUGUCAUCGGGUCCGCCGAAGCCUUGAAAAUCUUGCCUGGCAGCCUCCCACUGGUUCAGGUUUUUGUUUUUAUCGUUUUAUUUUAUCACUUUGGAUGCCGCUCAUAAGAGCGGUGGCUUCACGGGGAACUUCAUCUUACAUCGUAUGUCAAGACUUGUGCAAUUUGUUGUACGGGACGGUGAAUGUGGCUGCACGGGGGAUGAAACGCAUGAAAUAUUUCCUUUGACGGUUGCUACGAAUGACGAAAAGUCUCCAAAGAUUGCUUCGCUUUCUGUUCAAGUCGAUGCUUUGUUUCUUUUUGUGCUCAACCGCCAUGUUGUGUGUUUAUUGACCGGCCUGGAUAAAGUAUUUUCACUCUUGUUCACGCCUGGGGGCCCAAAGCACGUAUUUAUGGGAUGUUCUGUGCAGCUGUUGUCUUGGAU